AGCAAGGGCCGGAGCCACUGACCAGCUCCUCCUGCUUGAACGACUCCAGCCAGGCUACUGCUUCCUAAAAUGAGACUCUGGGGACUUCUGACAUUCCUGGUCCCUUUCAUCUUCCUAUGGGGCAUCUGGGAACCUGAGCUGGCUGAGGGGUUCCUAAUGAAAUCAUGCCCAAGAGUCAGAAUAAAGUGUGAAAUCGAAGAAAGAAAUGAGUGUACGAGGCACCGACACUGUCCAGACAAGAAGAGAUGCUGCAUAUUCAGCUGUGGAAAGAAAUGCUUAGACCUCAGAGAAGAUAUAUGCAGUCUGCCACCAGAUCCGGGCCCCUGUUUGGCUUACUUACCGCGCUGGUGGUAUAAUAAAGAAACUGAGCUCUGUACCGAAUUCAUCUAUGGUGGUUGCCAAGGGAACCCUAAUAACUUCCAGACUGAAGCUAUGUGUAGAGUUGUCUGCAAAAAGAAACGCCAAUAUUCCUGGAUAUGAUAAGGUUGAGCUGGAAGAAGCUCC